GGAAAGGCCAGCCCUACCCAGAUCUCCUCCCCCAGGCCCAGUCCCCUCACAGGACGCCCCCUCCCCGCUCUUCCUGCCGGGUUUCCUCUCGCCUUUUCCUGUCCCCCACCCAGUGCUGGGAGCUGGGGCAGAGGCAAAGGCUGAACAGGAGCAGCGGGGUCAGGAACCAACCAGGGCCAACGGAGCCAGGGCCCCGGGGUGCUGCUGGGACCUGAAGCAGGGGCCAUGCUAUCUGGUGAACGGAAGGAGGGCGGAAGCCCCCGCUUCGGGAAGCUCCAUCUCCCCGUGGGCCUGUGGAUCAAUUCUCCCAGGAAGCAGCUGGCCAAGCUGGGGCGGCGCUGGCCCAGCGCUGCCUCUGUUAAGUCGUCUUCUUCGGACACGGGGAGUCGCAGUAGCGAGCCGCUGCCCCCGCCGCCGCCGCACGUGGAGUUGCGGCGAGUGGGCGCGGUCAAGGCGGCCGGGGGAGCCUCGGGGAGUCGCGCCAAACGCAUCUCCCAGCUCUUUCGGGGCUCGGGGACCGGGGCCACGGGGUCCGGCGGCGCGGGAGGCCCCGGGACUCCGGGGGGCGCCCAGCGCUGGGCCAGCGAGAAGAAGCUGCCGGAGCUGGCGGCGGGCGUGGCCCCCGAGCCCCCGCUGGUCACGCGCGCCACGGCGCCCCCGGGGGUCCUCAAGAUCUUCGGCGCCGGGCUGGCGUCGGGCGCCAACUACAAGAGCGUGCUGGCCACUGCGCGCUCCACGGCACGCGAGCUGGUGGCCGAGGCGCUGGAGCGCUACGGGCUGGCGGGCAGCCCCGGCGGCAGCCCGGGCGAGAGCAGCUGCGUGGACAUUGUGAAACUGGCAGAGAAACACUAG